AUGAUCUUCAUCCAGCUUCCAUUUGAAGCAAAGGUUGCAGCUGCUGCUGAAGCUAUUUUUUUCUCCAUGUUAGUAUCAGAAAUGUAUCUGACUGAAAAUAUUGAGGUGACAAGAUUGAAAUAGCUGCUGAAGUUGCAGAGUUUGUUUAUUAAUGUCUUAAUAGUCAUAGGAUCCCAUCACAUAUGGAGAAGUACAGUGACUCUGUUCUAUAAAUCACCAGCUGCCAACUCAUUCUGCUUCAUUUUAUAAAAAACAGUAUUGUUCAUGUGUCUCAUUUUGGCAUACUCAAGUUUUUUCACACCAUCCUUCCGUAUUGCGGAUGAGCCUUAUUUUUUUUUCUUUAGCAGCAUUUACUUAUCUUGGAAGCUCAGUAUUCUUAGUUUCUUUUUCUUCAUGAUUGAUUUCAUGAAAUUGGUAAAGAAGCCAACCCUAGCAGACUUAGCUAUAAGAUUGGCUGUUAUUGGACUCAUCAAUGCUCCUCAGUCUCAUGUAGUAAAAUCAAUAGCAAUUACUAUUCAUAAAUUAACAUUGUCUAUGAAUAAGAUAGUUUUGCUUUCUGAUAUUCAUUUGGGGCCAACCAUUGGAAAAAUUAAACUCCAGAUGAUUGUAAAUAUAGCUAAAACUUUAAAACCAAAUUUCACUGUGAUUGUUGUUGACCUGUCUGAUUCUGAGGUGAAAGGCAGUUGAGGUGAGCAGUUCCACAAUAUGGAACUGCUUGGCCAAAUUGAUUUCCAAUUCAUUAUAAAAUGAAGCAGAAUGAGUUGGCAGCUGGUGAUUUAUAGAACAGAGUCACUGUACUUCUCCAUA